AUGGCUAUACCGCGGCAUUCUACAAAAAGAACUGGGAAUUUAUUGGUGAAUAGAUUUGGAGAGAUAUCAAGUAUUAUGCAGAAAACCCUUCCAGCAUUGAGGAAGUCAACGGGUAUGAGCAAGAUCAUUGUGGAUAGGCUUAAGCUUACAAUGGAGAAUUUAGUUUCUCCUUACCAAGCUAGCUUCGUGCCAAAUCGUCAGCUUCAGGAUAAUAUUAUAGUAGCAAAGGAGCUGGUUCAUUCUAUGGGGAGAUUUCCUGAUUGGAUGAUUGGUGUUAUAAUGGCUUCUAUAACUUCUAAUCGUUCGAGGGUCUUGAUAAAUGGUGUGGCUUCGGAUUGCAUAGUUCCUCAGAGAGGAAUUCGUCAAGGGGAUCCAAUAUCUCCUUAUAAUUUUGUGUUGUGUGUUGAGAAGCUUUCCCACUUGAUCGCUGGAAAAGUGACUAUGGGGAGACAUAUUAAAGCAGACUAUGGAGCUAUCAAGGAUAGGAUACGUUCAAAACUGGAUGGUUGGAAAAGCCAUUGCCUUUCUUUUGCUGGUCGAGUUACUUUGGUGAAAUCGGUCAUUGCUGCAAUCCCUUCUUUCCAUAUGCAGAAUGGUCUUUUACCAGUAACGUUUUGUGAUGAAAUUGAGCAGAUACAAAGGGCUUUCAUUUGGGGAGAUCAGGAUAGCAGAAGGCGGGCUCAUUUAGUAGCUUGGGAUCAAAUGUAUAAACCCAAAGAUAGAGGUGGUUUGGGAAUAAUUAACCUUCGACUCCAAAAUGAAGCUUAUAUUCAUAAACUGGCGUGGAAGGUGUUAACUAAGAAAGAUGAUUUAUGGGUUAAGAUUUUAGUAGCCAAGUAUGGUAGAGGUCAAGACUUAAGGAGAGGUAUAAAGGCAAAAUCAUAUGACUCUAAACUUUGGCGUGAUCUUGCUAAAUGUUGGAGUAAUUUCCUUGCUGGACUUAGAUGGGAAAUAGCAGAUGGUUCUAAAGUAAAGCUUUGGACUGAUAACUGGUUGGGAUGGGAGGAAAAUUUGCAGCAGUUGUCGAGCAAUCAGGUGUCGUGGGAGGAGAGUCAGAAAUCAAUUGCAGAUUACAUGGUGGAUGAUGGUUUCCGUCUUGAAGUUGUUCAUCAAUUUCUGGAGUCAGAUUUGGCUGAUGCACAGAUGUUCACACUAGCGUAUGGAAAAAAGUUUGGUCGUGGAAUGGACCAAAACGAGUGA